UUAAUUUAACCAUGAUUUAUUCAAUUAACCUAAUUUCAGAAGGUCCCCAUACGCCCGGUAAACCAUAAAUUAAUCACACGGCUGGCUUCACACAAUCCGCUGAAACGUGACUCGUUGGCGUGUGUCAGACGAACGCCAGCCUUCCUCAGCCAUUGGCUCGGGCGGAUCUUGAGCUUCUACUGCAAAGCAAAGUAGAUCUGACGUCCGACUGCGUCCUAGGCCUCGGUAGGAGGAAUUGAGGUCCUCGCCUCGGCGCGCAGUCCUCCACUUCUCUAGAGGCCACUGCUGGGUUGGGCGCAGAAACCGUCGAGAUUAGCGGCUCCACCCCGGCCGGAGAGCUGCUGACUGACCCCACCCAUUACCGCUGCUGAGCGACUGGAGCCAGGCGAGCGAGACCCCGGCGGCUGCAGCGGCAAAGCCGGAUCGUUCCGGGGGAUAAUAAAGGCGCUGGGCCUGGCUGCGCUGAGCGAUCGGGGCCGGGAGUUGAAAGCAGGAUGCUGGCGCUCUUCACGAAGCUGUUGGACUGGUUCCGGGCGCUCUUUUGGAAGGAGGAGAUGGAGCUGACCCUGGUGGGGCUGCAGUACUCGGGCAAGACCACCUUCGUCAACGUGAUCGCGUCUGGACAGUUCAAUGAAGAUAUGAUCCCAACAGUGGGCUUCAACAUGAGGAAAAUCACCAAGGGAAAUGUAACUAUAAAGCUCUGGGACAUUGGAGGUCAACCUCGUUUUCGUAGCAUGUGGGAGAGAUAUUGCCGUGGUGUUAGUGCAAUAGUAUAUAUGGUAGAUGCUGCAGAUCAGGAGAAGAUUGAAGCUUCAAAGAAUGAACUGCACAACUUGCUUGAUAAACCACAACUCCAAGGCAUUCCUGUCUUAGUUCUUGGGAACAAGCGAGAUCUGGUUGGUGCCUUGGAUGAGAAAGAGCUCAUUGAAAAAAUGAACUUGUCCGCCAUCCAGGACCGCGAGAUCUGUUGCUAUUCAAUCUCUUGCAAAGAAAAAGACAACAUUGAUAUCACCCUACAGUGGCUUAUUCAGCAUUCAAAGUCCCGGCGAAGCUGAGAGCUCUUUGUCCAAGUUUUGGAUCAGGAAGAUGCAAUUGUAAAAGCCAGGCGCACCUCCUCUUUUCUCUUUUCCCAUCUCCUGCUCUUUCCAUCCCUCUUGCCCACUUCUUUUUCCCUAGAUGGGUAUUUUUAGGGGACACCAGAACCCUCUUCUGCUGAGAUUGAACUCCUGUUUUUAUUAUAAAGAAACUGUCUGCCUCCUCCUCUCUUUUGCUCCUUACUCUGAUUUUGGCACUGUUCUGUUGUUGUCAGUGUGUGUACAGUAUAUAUAUAUAUAUAAAUAUAUGUAUAUAUAUUUUAAUUUUUUAAUUUAAGCAAUUAUACUGUUACUAAAUGGGGCCUGUCAGCUGUCAAGGGGGCAGCAGCUAAUGGAUGGGGUGGGAAAGUAACAAAUGCAGUAUUGGGGAUGUCACAAGCAGCCACAGAACAAGUGGGAUCUGGCUGGGUACAGAGCAUAACUUUGGGUGAUACUUUCCCUGCAAGAUAACUCUCUCCUUCCAUCUUUCGCACUUCUUUUGUCCUUCUGUAUAUGGCAUGAUUAAUGGGGGGGGGAGGCAUCCCCAGGAGAGCCUCCUAGAGCAGUAUUCACAUUUAAUCGUCUGUGCAAGACUUUAGGGAAGAGCCAACGCAAGUUUUUUCCCCCUUUGCCACUAAAUCCUUGGAAACAGUGGCCAGUUUGGCUGUUUUCUAGCAGGCAGGAGGCGCAGCUCUUCGAUCUGAGCUUUAAAUCUCAUUCACCUUGCACUUGAAGAUACAGAGCACCAUCUCUUGCUGCUGCUGUGUACCUGAUAUAUGCUGGAUGCAUUCCCUCUCUUUGAAAACCUGUAAGGCAGCUUUCUUUGCAAGGAUCAGGAUAUUUCCCUGAAUGGAAGUAAGCAGUGAAUAGUAUGCAUCCUGUAACUAUGCAGAGGACCUAGAAUUCUGGUGCACUGCCAAAAUGACUAAGUUUGAAUCGCCAGCAUUCACUGAGUCCAUGUUUUAGACUGUCUCCUCCCUCAGACCUUUGUGGAUUCUUGAGGAACAGAAUGACUUAUGCAAAGGUUCCAUUCAAAAGCCUUUUGAGCAAGACAGAGUUCAUAGGAUGGUUCACUCAAAGCGCAGACCUUAAUUGAAUUCUAGAGCAGGAAAGGUAUGUAGAAAAGGCUAUCUUUGCUCAGAGCUCAAGAUGAAGCUGUAAGAGCCAGGACUCUUUCUCGAUGUCCUUUAAGCUUAUAUCCCUCCUCCUCCUUCCACCAGUGCACGCAGAGGUAUGGAAACUUUGCUUCUCAAACUUAGAGGUGAAGGUUUAGGAUAAUCGAGUAGAAGAGGGAAUUUCAUUCUGUGGGUUUUGUGUAAGAAAUCCCUUGGAUUAUAGCGUGCUUGGGUUUCUGGCAAAGGCCAUGAUAUUCCUGGCUAAGGGAGGUCAGACUAAGCUACUGCUCCUAUAUCUCUUCUCGACUCACUCUAGGACUUAAAAGCAGCUGCAGAAAAGUUCAGGAAGUAAAGCUAUGAAAAAUAUUUCAAGAUGCGAUAAGCUAAUACUGUUCCUUAUAAAGAUAGUUGAUGCUGGUGGGUGGCUAUAUCUCUUUCUGUCCCAUGUAAGCUAAGGACAGGUGUAAAGUCGCAGGGCCCAUCCUGCCACGAGCUGCUUCCCUCAAGAGGGGAGGGUGUUUUCUAAUUUCAUUUUUUCUCUUCUCCUCAUUUUCACAGAACUGCACAUGAAAGCAUUUUACUUUUUUAAUUUAAUCAAUUGUAUAGUGUCAUUUAUUCCUUUUUUAAAAUACAUUUUUGGCUCACACUUUGACCUCUGGAAAACAAAUCUUGUAACAGUACUUUUUUGGCUCAAAAUAACAAUAAAUUAACAAUUUUAUGUUGGUGGUGGUUGCACUGUUACCUUUUUUCUUCAGGUGGUUUGUCCAUACUUCCUUUUCUAUGCUGUAUCCGAAGACUUUAUUCUUCUGAGGGUUUUUUCCUAUUGCGGAAGAGCAAAAAACCCUCCAUUGUCUUGAAAACAGAGACCACAAUAAUAAAUAAAGGAGUGUGUUACAAAUGUUACAAGUGUCAUUCUAGAAAGGUUAGGAAGGAACCAAGCUAAGCCUCUUCUGAUAAAGAUGUGAGGCUCUUCUUUUUGGGAUACUUCAGUGAGACUUCUGCAACAGAAUAUUCUUCAGGUCGAUCAGACUAUGAUUCCCAUUAUUCUCAGCUAACUUUCUCAAUGACCAUGGAAAUAGUAGGCCAAUAAGGGGGAUAAAUCUGAUGUUAAGAAACAGAUGUUUAGCAGAGACAGCAAGAGAAUAUUUGAGCCAAUUAAUAAAUGGCUUCUUACUUGGUGAUCAGGCAUUGCUGUUAUCUUAGAUGUUUUUGCCAUUUUGCCAGAAAUUUGUUUGUGUUCCUUUAGACAACACAAUAGUGUAGCUCUAUUUCUAGAAUAUAACAUAACUUUUCUCUUAUACAAAACUGACUGGAACACUCUAAUAAAACUUUAUAUUUUGACUUUAGUUUAAAGAUAUUUUAUUUUUCAAUUUCUGAUCCAUGAUAACUUCAGCAUUUUAGAAUCUAGUUCAGGAUCAAUCCAAGAAGCUAUAUUGUAUAACUAAUUGGAUAUCUCUGGAAUACAAAGAGGAAUGGUCUGAGCAAGUGCUAAAACUAUUACCCCAGCUAGUGUUAUGGGAGUUUUUAUGUAAAUAAAAAAUAUAUCCUAGCUCUGUUCUCUCCCCCCCCCCCAACAUAAUGCUUUCCAGUUGUUUUGGAUUUCUGUAGAUCCUCUGUCAGCAUGAUUGGCAUGUUUCCUCUUGGGCUGUAAGUAAAUUUUGAUUUGAAUUGAGCAUGAUUAGCUGCUUUGAAUUUGGAUUAAUCCCCCAGUCUAGUAUGCCACUGAAUAGCCACUGAAAAUCCCAGUGCAUUAUCUGUUUGCAUUUUUAAGUUAAAUCUCCAAAGAAUCUCCUAAUUGGCUUGUGUUGUUGAGGAAACCCCUACAACUUGCCAUGGAAACCCUGCUUUCUACGAUGGAUUAUGGGAUACAUUUGACUAUAAAUUCUAUCUAUAUAGUAGUCAGAAUUAACUGCCUUCUCAUAUCACCUAUGAAUAUUCUAGUUCAUGUCCUCUUGUAGUGAUCUAUAAAUUGAACUGUAGGACUGCCAGUAGAAACAGUUUCCCUUUCAGUGAUGACACCUUGAUUAUGGAACUCUUUUCUACUCUUGGUCUUGUUAUAAUCUUCACGCAGCAACUGCUCAUGUCUUCCAUACAGGGCCAUAGUUAAAACUGCUGCUGUCUUCUUACCCUUAUGCACUGUAGAGAUCAGGGCAAAAUGACAGUACCUCCCACAUCUUGUGAAUUACAGGAAUAUGACUGCUUUUUUAAAUCUUAUGUCAGCAGCUAUGCAAAUCAUGGAACUGUUUCUGCCAUCUCACCCUUGUAUACUAGGAUCAUUCGAGAUUCUUUUUAUUCCAACAGUAACAAGUCUGAGCGAUCAUCUUGGAAAUAGCUGCCCUGUGUAUUUGCAUGCUUUUGGGGGGAGGGAGACGGGGAGGUUGAAUUGAAUGAAGUUUAUCCUUCCUGAUUUCAACUUCUUUGAAAUGCUUGCCCUCCCCCAGUCUGCAGUAUUCCAGGAAGGCUUGGUUGGUCUCUUUUUUCUACCCUCCAUUCCCCACCCCCAAUGUUCUGACCAACCAGGAGCUGUGACAACAAGCCCAGCAUUGUUCUUGCUUGGCCCUUGCUCAGAGGAAGCCAGCAGGGAGAGGAUAGUAUGAAUAGGAGCUCCCAUCCAUUCCCCUGUUAAACUGCUAGAUAUUCAGGUCACACUAGUGCUUUGGCUGCACACCCUUCAACCAUCCUGGUAAGGCUUGGAUCAAGAGUCAUGAAUCAAGACAGCAGCCUCCUCUCACUCUGUAUCUGUGUCAUAAUUGUUCAGUCUGGCUUCAGUCACUUGAAAUAUUUCCAGCACAUGUUGGUAACAAUUAUACGUUAGCUUUCAUAUAUGUAGCGUCCUGAGUUUUUUUUUUAAACUGGAGGGGCUGUUAUUCCCACCGGCCCUAGUAGCUUUGUUGUUGCAGAGAUGGGAAUUACAGUCCAGCAUCAUCGCUACCACUGAUGCAAAUAAAAAUGGUUGAGUCAAAAAAAA